AUGGAGGAGCUGAUUGAGGUGCAGGCAGGGCACAGAGGCAACACCUUCAAAGACCCUUAUGGAGGCCUGGGCCCAUACCUGUUAGAAGACAGGUCCAUGGCCAAGGAAGAGGAAGAAGUUUGUGCUCUGGCUGGAGAUCCCUUGGAAGAGGGCCACAGCAAGCUCCUCCUCACAUCAGAGUCUGAGGAAAGCUCAAACUUCUCAGCUUCUCCUUUGUCUGGAGUCCCCGAUGAGGAGAGAGCAGCUUGUUGGACAGCCAAGCACGCUGCACUUCAGAAGCAGCUGUGCAUGAGGCUACAAAUUAUGCGGAAAAAGAGAGAGGAGCUGGAGAAGCUGGUGGAAGAGGAGGUGUAUGCAGAGCUCUUUGGAGACAUCUUCUCUUCCAUGAGCAGUGAAGAAAGCCCCAUGACGUCCAGCUGUGACCUCAGGGAUGCAUCAAGUGCCAGCCUGGAACCAUCUGCAGACCCCUCGGUGCCACUCAGCCCUUGGAGCACCACCGAAGAUGCCACAGCAGAGACACAGAGCUACUCAGAGCUUGUGUCUCCUGAGCUGUCAGCAGACUUGGGGUCUGAUUCUGAGGAUUCGCUGUCCCUGGAAAUUCAUCUGAACGAGCUCCUGGAGAUGUGGGAGCACAAAGAAGCGGCAGGACAGUGGGACACAGAGGUAGAGAGCCCGUUGUCCAUCCCGCCGCAAGAUGAAGUGUUCGACCCAGCGCCUACUCCUCCGGACAGCGACCUCAGUGACCAGGGGCACAGCGAGCCUCUCCCCGGGGCACUGGCCCAAGAGGCCAAGGGGUUUGCGGGUUGUGCCUCGCCUGCCGAUGUCAUGGACGAGGCCGAGGCAGCAGGUUGGGAGCACCUGGAACACUCUGAGAUGGAGGAGCUGAUUGAGGUGCAGGCAGGGCACGGAGGCAACACCUUCAAAGACCCUUAUGGAGGCCUGGGCCCAUACCUGUUAGAAGACAGGUCCAUGUUGGCAGAGCAGAGCCCCGCCUCUGGAAACUCGACACCCUGGGACACUCCUGUAAAGGAGCUGGAGGAAAAGUGGGAGGAGGAAGAGGUGGCAGAAGCACAGGCUGCAGGAGAGUGGGACAGCGACCUGCAGAAUGUGUUUCUUUCCAUUCUGAAAGAGGCCGAGGAAGAGGAAGAAGUUUGUGCCCUGGCUGGAGAUCCCUUGGAAGAGGGCCACAGCAAGCUCCUCCUCACAUCAGAGUCUGAGGAAGGCUCAAACUUCUCAGCUUCUCCUUUGUCUGGAGUCCCCGAUGAGGAGAGAGCAGCUUGUUGGACAGCGAAGCAUGCUGCACUUCAGAAGCAGCUGUGCAUGAGGCUACAAAUUAUGCGGAAAAAGAGAGAGGAGCUGGAGAAGCUGGUGGAAGAGGAGGUGUAUGCAGAGCUCUUUGGAGACAUCUUCUCUUCCAUGAGCAGUGAAGAAAGCCCCAUGACGUCCAGCUGUGACCUCAGGGAUGCAUCAAGUGCCAGCCUGGAACCAUCUGCAGACCCCUCGGUGCCACUCAGCCCUUGGAGCACCAUCGAAGAUGCCACAGCAGAGACACAGAGCUACUCAGAGCUUGUGUCUCCUGAGCUGUCGGCAGACUUGGGGUCUGAUUCUGAGGAUUCGCUGUCCCUGGAAAUUCCUCUGAACGAGCUCCUGGAGAAGUGGGAGCACAAAGAAGCGGCAGGACAGCAAGACAUAGAGGUAGAGAGCCCGUUGUCCAUCCCGCCGCAAGACGAAGAGUUCGAGCCAUCGCCUCCUCCUCCUGACAGUGACCUCAAUGACCAGGGGCACAGCGAGCCUCCCCCCGGGGCACUGGCCCAAGAGGCCAAGGGGUUUGCGGGUUGUGCCUCGCCUGCCGAUGUCAUGGACGAGGCCAAGGCAGCAGGCAUGGAGGCUGGCUGUGCCCAGGCCAACCCUCCCCAGGAAAGGCCCUGCAGGGAUGAGCCACCGGCAGGAGCUUGCCCGGUGCCUGCCCAGCCCCUGGCACGCAGUGUUCCUGCUUGCCCCGCUGGCAGCGCAGCCGUCCCGCAGCCCCCGGCCCCACGGCCGUGGCGCUCCAUGGCUAAGAGGGCCCGGCGGGCUCUGCGCCGCCUGUUCUCCUUCAGCUGCCUCAGGGGGCAGCCAGAGGAGUGAGCCCGGAGCCAGCAGCAGGACGAUGGCCAAAGAUGCCGGCUCACCCUGGGGACACCCAGCUCCCAGGGGCAGCAGCAGGUCCCUGAGGGAACGGCACCAGGGAGAUGAAAUACAGGAUGCACGGAUGGGUGGAUGGUGGCCAAGGCAACCACUUGCCAAAGGGCAAUUAGGAAAAUGCCUCCCUGGCUACCUGCAACAUGGAAUGGUCAAAGGUGUUUACUCCAGAUGAUUGACCUGGUGUCCUCAACUCUACAAGAAGCACUGGGACCCUAGUGCAGAGAAGCACAGGGAGAGGAAGGACUGAAGGGAUGCUGCUGUCAGCAAACAUCUUGGACUGUCUGCGGUUGGGCAUCUUCACGUCCCCACUCCAGCCGUGGUCUUCCCCACAACCUUCCAACCCCACUCUUCCUCUCCCUACGCCAUCCCUGAUUUUCUCCCUCUUUGCAUCUCACUUUCCUAUUCCCUACCCCUUUCUGUCUCUCUACGCCACAUUUAUGGUUAAAUAAAAUCCCAGUUGUUGAUGUUUGUAGAUGAUCUCCUGAGCACCUUAAUUCACACAGAGGCAUCUUUGACUAAUCCCACCUUAAUGGGGGCAUGCUUCUGCA